AUGGCAAAGCUGUUCUGCGUCAUCGUUGGUGUAAGGGGAAGUGCUUUUCCUGUGGAGAUCGAUGUGGCAGAGAGUGUGGGGGACUUGAAAAUGGCCAUUAAGGCUGAGAUGGCGAACGCCCUACAGAACUUUGAUGCGGACCAGCUGCAGCUCUUUCUGGCAAAGGGAACGGACGACAAGUGGCUAAAAGAUGAUGAUGCUGCAGCGCAAAAUUUAUAUAAAGGGGAGAUACAUCCAGUUACUCAGCAGAUGAUUGGUGGAGAGCAAGUGAUGGCAACGAGGACUUUACAGCGUUGGCUGUUUGAUGAUAACACGAUGUCGCAGCCAUUGCCAGAACAAAUUCACGUGCUGGUUGUGGUUCCAGAGCAGAAAAAAAUGGUUGUACCAUGA